AUGGACGUGACGAAGGCCGUCUUCACGACUUUGCACACGAUUCUCGCCUUCGGCGGCUGCUUUUUCAACCUUCUUCUGAUCUACGUCGCUCUUUUCCAUUCACCGAGUAAAAUUAAGACCUAUUCGACGCUGAUCUUGAAUUUCGCUGUGACGGAUCUACUCACCUGCUUGGUGGAUUAUUUUGUCCAGUUGAGGUGAAAUUUUGGCUAACUUGAUCUUCAUGAUUUCUUGCUGGAAUGCUUCAAAGAACAUAGACAAUUUUAAUGAAGAUCCCAGAGCAUAAAGCUAUUUUUUUAAUGAUCGUUUAGGUGAGAUAAGAAGUUCGCAUCUCUCGAUAUUUCAAAAAGCGUUUAGGAGCAACCUGAUACACACAUCAAAAUCGAAAUCAAUGAACUUUAGCUGAUCGUAUCAAAAAAAAAAAAAAUUGAAAAGCAAAACAGUCCGAUGAAAGUCUCUAGAAAGUUCAUUCUUGAUCUGUCGAGAGGUAAGUUAUUUGUUGAACUAACGUUGGAAUAGUUGUUGAAAAACUUCAAAAUGCAACCGACGUAAAGCGACUUGCGCGUGGCGAAAUCAGAAAGCAAAAAAGCGAGCCGUUCCAUCUCAAUCAAGUUAAAGACUAAGCGCAACGCCACAGCGACGCUUCAAGCCAUUCCACGUGCGACAAAUAAAUUCAAAGUCACGGCAAACUAAGUAGGGGUGAAGACUGUAGAGGAUGGAAACAGAAGUUUUAGAAGGUAAAUUCGAAAACAUUUUCAGAAUGAUCCCCACUGGAUGGUCGGUUAUAUACAUUGGGAACGGCGCUUGCCAAUAUUUCGGCCAUGCUGUCUGUUUUCACAGGUUAGUUAGUUCAAAAUAAGAUUUUCGUUAAAGUUUUCCUACCUUUAGUUACAAUUUUGUGCUUCAUCUCAUCACUUAUGGUCUUUACUGCUUAUUACUGUCAUUUUCAUACCGAUAUUAUAUUUUGCUUCACGCGGCGCCAAAGAGAAGAACUGUCUUGAUGUUUUUGUUGCUCGCUUAUUUACCGUCGUUCGUAAUGCUGGUCGGUUUUAACUAGAUACAAAUAUAAAUCUCUAAGGAUAGAGAAAAAGUAUAUAAAAGUUAAAACAAGCUUUGCAAGAAAAAGAGCGUGGGAGUUAAAGAGACGCAGAAAGAUAUUUAUUCUUCAAGAUUUUCUUCCGUUCUCACAAACAUUUGCUUGCGUUUAAAGAUUAGAAGAUCGUUUUUUGUGAAAAGGAGGAUAUCUAAAGCUUCAUAAACGAGAGAGCGUGAGGAAAAGAGAUACGCCUGAGAACCAGGGACCUGGGUUUCUUUGGUCCACACGCUCUUUCUCUUUUUCUAGAAAAUUUUCAUUGAAACCGUCUUUCUAGCUUUUAUUUAUAGUCCAUUGUUCUUCAUAAAAACAGUUCAAAUGUCUUAAAAACUUGGAAAAUAUGAAAAACCCUCAUAAAUAUUAUUUUUCAGGUCCUGUGCUCAACUUUACAAGCACCUCGAGAGAAAAUGGAGAAAAUCCUCCGACAAGGCUUCCCUCAAUAUGACAUCCAGAAUGCGGUUAUCACUGGGAUCGAAAGUGUGUGGAACUUCACGGUUCUGCUGAUUAUUAUGAUUGGAAUGUUCCCUGUGGGAAUAAUUUAUGGGAUUAUUCUGAUUCUUCGCAAGAAAAUCAUCAACAAACUCAACUUUGACUACGUUAGCAGCCGGUCAGAGACCAGGAGCAUGCAGCAGCAGUUUUUGAAGGUCAGUUAGUCAAAAAGUUGAAAAAAAAAUGGUUUUUAUCAGUAGAGCGCAUAUGUAAAAGAUCGAGGUCUUUUCAUUUUCAUAAACCAACUGUGAAGAUGAUUUCUUUUUAAAAACGUUUUUAUCGGUAGAGCGCCAAUCGUAAGUUUUUUAAGGCCAUGUUUGUAUCAAUUUUCUGUAUCCUUUUUUUGAUCAAAAACCUAGCAAACAUGAUCUUUUUAGUCGCUGAUCUAUUGGAGCAAAAAAUAAUUUGGAAAAUCGUAUCUUCUGUCCAUAGAUGAAAUAAUUUUCAAGGUUUUCUCAAUUUUGUUUCUCAGAUGGCUAAAACAGAGGGCAAGAGAACAAAAAAGUCUAGGCUGAACUUCCUUGAUGAGAUUUCAAUUACCAACAAGUCUUUCUAAAAAUUUCAAUACGAGCUCGAGCCUUGAUAAUGCGAACCUGUUGCGGAUCACUAGUGUCGAGACAUUUUUAGUGGCCACUUUAGUAGCGUCAACACUCUUACUUGUCCCCUAGAAGUACUCAAAAAGUACGAGGCGUGUCCGCUUCUCAUUACCGGGGUCCGAGAGAAUAUUGCUAUAAGUAGGGACCGCAACCAAAUUUUCAAAAAAAUGUUCGAGCGUCAAUAUUACUAUGGUUGAAUAGCUGCUCCAAUUUACUAUUCAAAACAGUUCAGUUUUUAAAAAAAGGUUGAAAACAAAAAAAGUUAUGGUCAAAAAAGAAGUGAAAAAUGUCGCGAAAUUUAGUACUGAAAGUUUAGAUUUUACACUUUUGGUCGUUCAUUUUGUUUUCAUAUCGGAUUUAAAUUUUUUUAGUAGUUUAUUCCGGUUUUCAAAGUCAUAAUAAGUCAUUAAAACAGUAUAAAACCACAAGUUUGAAGAGAAAAACUAUUUUUUCAUUAAAAAUUUAAAAAAUGGCCGCUGUGAGGAUCGAACUCGCGAUAUCAAAACUUUAUGCAAGCGCACUUGUGCUGCUCCACGUCCAUCCCUCAGAGAUGGGAAGCGUUCGCGCUAUACACCACUUCACCUCAAAGUACAGCAUUUACCGACAAUCUUGUUCAAAAAAAAGUUAUGAUAGUUGAACAAUUAUUAGUCACGUGUGUUCGGACCACUUAAAAAAAUAAUUUAUUCAUAAAGAUUCAAUUCAAAAAUACCUCCCUUUUUCGGCGUUUUUUUGUUAUUUUUUUAACGUUGGCUCCAAAUUAACAAUAAUUAAACUUUUUAGGCACCGCUAAAAAUUUUUUUAUUUUAUUUUUUUAAUUGAUUGAAAAAUUGAGAUACGCUAAUAUUUAAGAAAUAAAAAAAGGCGCCAACGACAUCUGACCAUGCUAAAAUGAAUUUCGAAAUUUUCACUGUCUUUUUUUCUCAGAAAACAAACUUUUCGGAAUAAGUUUUAUACUAAUAAAGUUUUAGUUACAAUUUAAUGCACAAGUUAAAAAUAAAAUUUUUUUACUUACACGCUCUCGAAACCGAGUAAAACAUUUUCAACUUUGCGCGGCCUCACAAAGAUUAGGCACCGUAAAAAAAUUUAAUUUUUUUUAUCUUAAAAGAUGUGUUUUUUUCACUUAAAAAAAUCGAAUUCGAAAAAUAAAAAAAGGCGCCAACGACAUGGAACUAGGUUAAAAACCCGAAGAAAAAAAGUAGUUUUGGUUUUUCGUACGACACUCCGCUAAAACGCUUCGAAAAUCGGGUGAAAAGUAUAUGAGAUUGAAGAGGAAGGUUUUCUCUAUGUUUCCACUGAUUUUCUCUGUGUUUGGUUCAGUAUUGUGCUUUUACGAAAACAUCAAACACAAAAUCUAAAAAACCAGUGCAUUUCACCAUCGCAAAAAGGGGCGUGGCUCUGCGGUCUCUAGCUAUAAGAAUAAGUUUUACAAUAUAGCGCAAAAGUCAAGACUUUUGAGGUUUAUCUUGUUAGAAUGUCAUUACAAAACCCUGAACUUCUCGAUUUGGUAUCUCUUUUUUAGUAAAGGUCAAUCUGAUUUUAAGAGCCGAAUUUUCCAAAAGUUUCCUAACCAACUUCUUCUCAAAUUGCAACCGAACCUUCCGAAAUAGUCUACUUUCAGGCCCUAACCUACCAAGCGUGCAUUCCGAUGUUCAAUAUGAUCGUUGUGACAAGCUACGCUAUCGGUCAAUUGGAAAUCUACAAUCAUCCGGCUCUGGAGUACACCACGGCCGCAGCAAUGGUCUUCAUCCCCGUCCUAACCCCGCUAGCUUCCAUUUACUUUGUCCAUGCCUAUCGAGAGAAGGUAAUGUGUAUGCUAGGUCUGAAGUCCCCCCAAGUAAAUCCCUCGCAAUCCUCUGUCGCUAUUGUAUCCAGCUCCUCCUCGUGUCGAGAUAAUGAGCACUGA